AUGGCAACAUCUUCUGUUCUUUCACUCAUUGAGCCAUUGCUAAAUCAGGGCUAUUGCGUAACAACCGACAACUUUUAUCCGUCUACUGAACUUUAUGAGUUUCUUCUGCAAAACAAAACAGAUGCCUAUGGAACCGUUAGGGCUAACCGCCUGGACAUGCCGCCAAUGUUUGGCAAUAAGAAGCUGAAGACUGGAGAAAUGGUUGCCUGGCAAAAAGGCAAAAUGAUGGCACUGCGAUGGCGUGGCAAGAAAGAUGUGUGCCUAAUGAUUCGUAAUACCUCCACUGUUAUGGUACGGACGAAAGGUGGGAAAGAGGUUGGCGUUGUCAACCUGGAAUGCCUGACUGGUCGUCCCUUAUGGACUACAUCCCACCAACCGAGAAAAAGUCAGCACCUACAAGGAUGUGCGUGGUUUGUUGCUCAAAGCGAGAUGACAGUGGGAAAAAAAUCAGAAAGUAAACCAGGUUCCAUUGUCCUGAUUGUGACAUCGGACUUUGUGCAGUCCCAUGUUUCAAAAUUUGUCAUACCCGGGAUGUUUACUAAACCAAUAUGCAGUGUCUAG